GCUUAGAAAGGAAAUUGACACUGUAAUCGGUGAAUCAGAAGAGAUUAAAGCAAAAGAUAUUAUGUCUAUGCAAUAUCUUACGCAAGUGGUGAAAGAAUCCCUGCGUCUACAUCCACCAACACCUGCCCUAACAAGAAGAACUGAUAAAGAUACCUUGAUCGGCAGCGUAAUGAUUCCCGGUGAUACACCUAUCAUGGUGAACCCAUAUGCCAUUCAGACCCACCCUGAUUAUUGGGAAGAUCCGCAUGAUUUUAAACCGGAGAGAUUUGCUUCUGUUGAAAACCUCCAUCCAUAUGCAUACUUUCCGUUUUCACUCGGUCCACGGCGCUGCAUUGCACCUCAGCUGGCAGAUUUGCAGGUGAAAUUGGUUAUUGCCCGUCUAUUGAAAAAGUUCAAAUUUAAAUUGUUGCCAGGUCAAACCCUGAAGCUUGCUGAAAAUAUUUCGUUCGGUCCGGUUGGAACUGUUCGUUGCACACUAGCAUUUGCUGAUCAACACUAG